UGUGCAAUCAAAAUACUGCUUUACUCUUUGCUAUUAUUCUGAUGCCCUGUCCACAGCUUCCAUUAUAGGUGAGUAGAAAAAGCGAGUGCGAAAUGGGGAUUGACGGAAAUGGAUCGGAUCUGGGUUCGAAUCCAGAGCGGGUCAUUCUCGAUGUUAACAAUAAUAAUACCCAAUUCUUCUCCUCUGUCAAGAGACAGAGACAGAGAGAAAGAGAUCAUGAGCACUCUUUGACGGCAACGACAACACCCAUCUUCUGCGCCAACACAGAAACUGACGCAAACAUUAUUGAAAGAAACCAGGAAAAGAGUGGCUCAGAGAAGGAUAUAUUGAGAAGAAAAGAUUAUGAGCAGCGUGUGGUGAAAGAAGCGAAUUUGAACGAUGUGGAGCAGCAAGAGAGGAAGAGGCGUUACAGAGGAGUGAGACAGAGACCCUGGGGCAAAUGGGCUGCAGAAAUCAGAGACCCAAACAAAAGAGUUCGGGUUUGGCUCGGCACUUUCUCCACAGCAGAAAAUGCAGCCAAAGCUUAUGACGAUGCUGCUUUAAAAUUCAAGGGCAGGAGAGCCAAAUUGAACUUUCCAGAGGAAGCCUCCCUCUCUUAUAAAGCCACUGUGAAUUCAAAUCAGAAAAAUGUUGACAAUGGUAGCAGUAUGAAUAAUCCAAGAUUAACAGAUUCCCUGAAAAAUGUUGACAAUGGUAGCAGUAUGAAUAAUCCAAGAUUAACAGAUUCCCUUUUACCACCAACUCAUGAAAUGUCAGGCUUGCCGCGGUUCGCCGCUAAUUCUGACUUGCUUUAUUACGCACCAUGUUUGUCUGAAUUCGCCGACAUUUGCGAGAAUAUGCAAGUGGUGAAUAAUGAUGGUUACCCACCUUAUGAUGUUUGUCAGCGGUAUUCUGGAUUUACAAGACAGCAGCGACGCCAGCUGCCUCCAUUGUCCAUCCAAGGUUAGCCCAUGAGCAGUUUGCCUUAUAAUCGAUUUGGUUGAAUUGUGAUUUGUACUCAGUCUGAGCAGUUUACCUUUUGACCGGCAAAUUGGAGGUGGAGUUGUGAGUGAGUAUUACGUGAGCACAUUUUUCAUGAUCGAGUUUUAUUAAAUUUAUCGAUACACAGUAUGACAUUCAGACUUAUCAUACGAAUU